AUGUCAAUAAGACAGCCUAAACCACUUCAGAUACGUCUACCCUUCUCGGUACCGAAACCUAACAAAUCGACCAAUACCGAUAUAAAGAUAUGCGGAAUAUGUCGGAAGAAAGAAAGUAAAUACGUUUGUCCGAGAUGUAAUAUCCUGUAUUGCUCUCUAGACUGCUUUAGGGAUGAGUCCCACUCACAAUGCUCUGAACCAUUCUACAAAUCCACUGUCCUCUCGUCUAUAGCGGCUGAUCCCAAAGCCGGUUUGGAAGAGAAGAAAUCUAUGGUAGAGAUGCUGAAACGCUUCGAAGAGUCUCAGGCGGAAGGCGGAGAGGGGUCUGAACAGUUCUUAAAGGAAUUGGAAGAGCUAGAAAGGGAGGAAGAGGAAUAUGAUGAGUUGCUAGAGAAGCUGGAUGGAGUUGAUUUGGAUUCAAUCGAUUCAAAUCAAUUAUUCCACCUCUUACCUCAACAACAUCGAGAUGCCUUCCUGGCAGCCCUCAAGAACCCCGACUCGGAAGAGGCGAAGGAAUUGCUCGAGGAAGCUACCAAAGACGAGGACGAGGAUCGGGAUGUGCCAGAUGUUUACCCUUGGUGGGAAGAGCAGCAGCUGCAAGAGAAUAAAGAAGCAGAUGAUGAUGACGAGGCUGAGGAGAAGACUAGAAUACGGACUGCUCCUGUACCUGGUCUGAUACCUGAUGAAAUCAUAAAUGCCAUCUCACCACCUGAUGGUGUAGGGCAGAAAUUGAUCUACAAUGCUGUCGCUAUAUGCAUCGCCUACUUACACACUUUACUAUCUUUCCGACUCCCCUCCCUCUCUUCCAAGUAUCUCCAACAAGCCAAUAUCACACCCCAAGAGGUCAAGGAGUAUAUCGGUAAACUGGUUCCAUUCCUGAUCGAUCCAAAAUCCACAGUGAGAUAUGAAAAUCCAAGUUCGGCAUGGGGCAAGGUGUGGGAUAAUAUAGUUGAGGAUGUGCCAUCCUCACAUUCCAGCAUUUCGACACUUCAACAUCUUCUUUCCCUCGUCCCUCCUUUAUUCCACCCUCCGAUUGUCCAACCUUCCUUUCCCAAGGUCUUUAACGUCUUCAGUAAUUUAUACCAUUUUUACGGUAUUCCAAAAUCCGGUGGAGCAGUUCCAAGGAAAUUGGCAUUUUAUUACAAAGCUUUACUGUCAUUGAAUAGAUCAGAUUGGUUGGGUAUCGAAAAGCAGUUGGGAAAUGAGCUGGAAACGAUCAAGAUUGAGCAUGAAGAUGUUAAUCCUGUUGUGCAAGAAGAAAGGAAUGAAUUGAAGGUAUUGUAA